AUGGCGCGGGGCGCUCGUGCCCAGAGGAGAUGCUCGCGCCUUUGGGGGCUGCUGCUUCCGCUGCUUCCGCUGCUGCCGCUGCUGGAUCUGACCUUCAGCAUGCCCAAACCCAAAGGCGCAGAGCGGGGUUUGGGGCAGACGCUGCUGGACAUGGCCCUGGAGUCGCCGCUGUACAAGAUGCUUCUUGUGCCACAGGCCCGGCGCACCAUGGUGGACACCGCCGAGGCCAAUGGCAUUGGCUGGAGUUCGGCUUUGGAGUAUAUCCGCGGCCAGGGACCCUGGGAUGACUCUGUGCUUCAAGGACUCUCGAGCUCAGAUGGCUCGGAUAACUCAGAGAGCUCAGCUCUUCCAUCGCUUCCGUCCUAUUAUCAGAAGCCCUUCCAUGCCUACGACACGGGGAACUUGAACUGGGAAGCAGCGUUUGAGCAAGAGCUUGCCAGCAGGGCUGUCGGUGCCCGAAACUUCCCGGCUUUCGGGAAGGACGGUGAGGAUGCUUUUCGGGCUGCCUUUGACAAUGCCUUAGAUUCUCUGGGGGCAGUCGUCCCUGAAGGUGGCUUAAUCGUAGAUAUGGGUUGUGGGACAGGGAUCAGCACCCGGCGUUUAGCAGCACGUUUUCCCAGCGCAUCGCAGCUGAUAGGUUUAGACUUGUCGCCGUACUUCGUUGCUGUGGGCCAACGCUUGAUGGAGCUGGAACCUCCAGCCGAGACUUGGGUGACGGACGUAGUUGCCGACCAGAGAGUCAAGCUUCAGGUGAAAGACGCAGAGCACACAGGCCUUCGGGAUGAGUGUGCCUCGAACGUGAACCUCUGCCUCGUGAUUCAUGAACUGCCCCCUGACGUCACACGGCGCGUGUGUGCGGAAGCUUUGCGGCUACUGAAGCCAGGAGGACAGCUAUGGAUCACCGAAAUGGACUUCUCUGCUCCGGGCUAUGUGCAGCUGCGCUCAAACCCUCUGCUAUUCGCCCUCAUCCGCUCCACUGAGCCGUAUCUGGAUGAAUAUGCGGACUCAACUGAGAAUCUUUUUCGGCAUUUGGCAGAGCUAGACUCUGUCGCAUCUGUGCGUCUGACGGCUGCCACCGGCCGACACUUUGCUGCGGUGGUCACGAAGGGCCCUGGAAAGGGGUCGACACUUGAUGACCGCCGGUGGGAUGAGCUUGGCAACUACGUUGUGGAAGAUACGCACCUGCAGACCUGGGAAAGCAAGCUCUCCGACUGA